GAAAAAAAAAAAAAAACCACCAGCAUAAAAGCGCGCUGCAUAAUCUCUCCUAACAUGCCGAAGUAACCUACGUCAGCUGGGCAGAUACUGAGUGCUACUGCACGGAGGCCCCGACAAGGCACUGAGAGGGAAGGAUGUUUCUUAAAGCCGAGACCACUGCAAAGCCACAAACUCUCAGUUCUUCAAGGGCAGUAUGAGCUGCCUCUGCCAAAGACUGGACACAGUGGGGGACCUGAAGUCCGAUCACCAGGGAGAAGGAUCCAGUCUGACCUUUUAACCGCUACGACACUCAGUUUCCUCACAUGGCAAGUAGAGACUGUGAACACCACUGUUGGAUACAAAAAUGGACAACAAUUUUACUACAGCCUCUGCAGCUUCGCAGGGAAACGACUGUGAUCUCUAUGCACACCACAGCACAGCCAGGAUACUAAUGCCUCUGCAUUACAGCAUUGUCUUCAUAAUUGGGCUUGUAGGAAACGUGCUAGCCUUGGUUGUCAUUAUUCAAAACAGGAAAAAAAUCAACUCUACCACCCUCUAUUCAACAAACUUGGUGAUUUCUGAUAUACUUUUUACCACUGCUCUGCCUACACGGAUAGCCUACUACGCACUGGGCUUUGACUGGAGAAUCGGCGAGGCCUUGUGCAGGAUAACUGCUCUGGUGUUUUACAUCAAUACAUAUGCAGGUGUGAACUUUAUGACCUGCUUGAGCAUUGACCGGUUCUUUGCUGUGGUGCACCCUCUGCGGUACAAUAAGAUGAAAAGAAUUAAAUAUGCCAAAGGCAUUUGCAUAGGGGUCUGGAUUCUAGUAUUUGCUCAAACACUCCCACUACUCAUAAAACCUAUGUCAAAGCAGGAGGAAGAAAGGACUACAUGCAUGGAAUAUCCAAACUUUGAAGAAACAAAAUUUCUUCCCUGGAUCCUCCUUGGUGCAUGUUUCAUAGGAUAUGUGCUUCCUCUCCUGAUCAUUCUCAUCUGCUACUCUCAAAUCUGUUGCAAACUCUUUAAAACUGCCAAACAGAACCCACUAACUGAGAAAUCUGGUGUAAACAAAAAGGCUCUCAACACAAUUAUUUUUAUAAUUGUUGUGUUUGUACUCUGUUUCACACCUUACCAUGUUGCAAUUAUUCAACACAUGAUUAAAAAGCUUCAUUUUCCUGAUCUCCUGGAAUGCAGCCAAAGACAUUCAUUCCAGAUCUCUCUGCACUUUACAGUAUGUCUGAUGAACUUCAAUUGCUGCAUGGACCCUUUUAUAUAUUUCUUUGCAUGUAAAGGGUAUAAGAGAAAGGUUAUGAAGAUGUUGAAGCGUCAGGUCAGUGUAUCAAUUUCCAGCGCUGUGAGGUCAGCCCCUGAAGAAAACUCACGUGAAAUGACAGAAACUCAAACAAUGAUACAUUCCAAGUCGUUAAAUGGAAAGUGAAAAGGAAUUAAUCUUGGAAUUAUAGCAAAGUAGAUUGUAUGACAAACUUUGCCGGACUUUUCUUAUAAAGCAAAAUGAUUGUUCAACUUCCAAGUAGGAUUCCUGUAAAUUCCUUUCAUUGGCAUGAGGUCCCACCUCCAACUUGGAAGAAAACUGAUAUAUAUUAUUUUUACACUCAAGAAAAUAACAUAAAGCAAAGUUCUAAUGUGUAAAUGAAAUGCUACACCAAAAGGGAGGGUAUUUUAAUAACUCUCAGUGUAAAAAGUUUUAUAAAAAAUUUUUAAAAAAUUUUAAUAAAAAAUUAAAAAUUACAACAUCAGUAUUUCCUGCCAAUAAUUUGGCAAAAGAAAAGACUGUAUGAUUGUAUAUUGCCCUUGUAAAAAUGUCAA